UCGAGUGUGUCGGUUGUGCAACAGCGGAAUAACGGUACACCACGAAAACCCUCUGAGAAAGAGUGUGUGCGGGUGUUUGAGUAAAAUAAGCGGAUUCACGGCAAAUUUAAUAACACAAGACAAUAAAAGAAACGUUCAAGUGGAAGGAGAUGAUGAAGUGAAAAUAACAAAAAUCGGCAGAUAACUAAUAACAAGCAAACAGAAGGCAUCAAAGGAAAAGCGAGAAAAGCAGUCGAAUCUUUGACUUUGAAGAGGGCCAAGAAAAGCCAGAGUCAUGGUUUGAACUUUGGGUAAAGGAGUUGCGGAUGCAAACACAACAAUGAGAUGGUGGCACAAUGCUCUGAGGCGCAAGAGGAAGAAGCCGACGGCGGCGGGUGGAGAGGGUGGCCUUUAUCCCCCAGAUGCCACCUGUCCGAGACAACAGCAUCAGCAGCCGGAGCAAUUGUCGACUUGGGGAGGAGCUGUCCCCCUGAUUUGGUUGCACUUGUUGCUGGCUGUGGUGGCGCUCAAUAAUCACACAGCACAGGCAACAACUGCAAUAAAUCCCGGGGCAACAGUAACAACACUGGGAGACUAUGCAGCGACAUCGACGGCAACAUCGGCCACAUUAUCUACUGCGGAAGCUUCAUCACCAGCAGCGGCAGCCACGGAUAAGUUCUCGACCAACUGGGGCAUCCUGGAUGAUCCAUUCAAGGGCAUCGUACGAAUCGGCGAUGGCAACACAGUUGCCAGGACCGCCAUCGAACAGUCGCUGGUGACUAUCCAUGACAUUGCCACCGAAAACCUGGGAACGCUGUGCAUCUCCACCCAGUACCGACCUCUGCAAGUGCCCAUUAAUUCAGAGCGGUACGAGAGCUCCAGACAGAAGGCCGACUUGGCCGCCUCGAUACUCCAGGAAGUUGGCAUCAUUCGGCACGGCGGCCUGUCGGAUGCCCUGGCCAAAGGACUGCUGACCGAUGACUUUAUAACUGGAGCCCGUAUUCUGGCCCUGAAUCUCACCAACGGUGCGGUGCAGUCCUAUGUUUGGUGGGUGAAAAGCGGUCAGGCGGAAACGCAGAGGUACGACGAGGAUGGUAUGCAGAUUGGAAAAAAACCUGCUGGAAGUUAUCCCUGGUUCGACGAUGAAACCACAACGCCCACAUUGCGUUCACCGAAAUUUGCACCGAGUCCGCCCAACAACUACUACAAGGGCUGGUGGACAUAUCCGUACUUCUCGUGUUCGGCCAGCCGCUGGCUGGUUUCCUAUAGCAUCGCCAUACCACCGACGGGGCGCCAUGGACUGCGGGGCUUCAUCAGCAUCGACAUCGAUGUGUCCACACUGCGGGUUAAUCAGUGCGAGGCGGAGCCGUACCAAUUCGGAAGUCGCCGCCAGAAAAUGCAUCAGUUGCAGCAGCAGCAACGCCUACCGGCUAUCCGUAGAGCCCCGUUUCUGCCCAGCAGGAUGGGGGCCAAUGACGAGGGCACUAUUAGUGACCUGCAGGCGUUCCACAGCUCCCACAAGUGUCAUCGCACUUCCAUGGUGUGCGACUACCGCCAGCCAAGUGUAGAAGUACCGACAAUAAGCGGCGUCAAGCUCCUGACCACGCUGAGCGGGAGCAGUAGCUGGGCCCGGGGAUCCUACCAGUGCCUCUGCCGAAACGGAUUCUAUUCGCUACGUCACCCGGAUGGCUUCAAUGGCACCAUCAUGGAGAUUGCCUGGCAAGAGCAGCAGGACAACAUCAGCAACUACUACACGGAAGUCUUCAAGUGUUUGUCUUGCGCCCCCGGCUGUGACACAUGCACGGGUCCGGAGCCAUGUCUGGCAAACUACCACUGGCCAUUCAGAAUAUCCUUGUUGACCAUAUCCAUUGGCUGUGCCUGCGGCACCUUUGUUCUCGCCGGCUACCUCUUCCGGCAUCGGCGCGUCAAGGUCUUCAAGGUGGCCAGUCCCAUCUUCCUGAUGAUCACGCUCAUUGGAUGCGCCAUCAUGUAUCUAGAGAUGGUGGCCAUUUUCCCCCUAUUGGACACGACUUGGUGCAUUGCCACAAAAUGGACCCGCCACAUGGGCUUUUGCAUCACUUACACUUCGCUGCUAAUGAAAACCUGGCGAGUUUCUUUAACGUAUCGCGUCAAGUCGGCACACAAAAUAAAACUAAACGAUCAGCAAUUAUUGCAAUGGAUGGUGCCCAUCCUCCUAGUAAUGCUGAUUUACUUGGGAACUUGGACCAUUUCGGCAACGCCCUACGCAGAAGUGAUCUACGACCAGAGUCGUCUGAAGUUCAAGCAAUGCUCGUAUAACUGGUGGGAUCACAGUCUGGCCAUUGGGGAGGUAUUUUUCCUGGCCUGGGGCAUAAGGGUGUGCUAUAACGUCCGGAAUGCAGAGAGUCUGUACAACGAGGCGCGGCUUAUCUCGUAUGCCAUAUAUAAUAUUGCCAUUGUUAACAUAGCCAUGGUGGCGUUUCAUGUCAUGCUCUUUCCAAAUGCUGGUCCGGACUACAAGUACAUGCUGGGAUUUGUGCGCACUCAGCUCUCCACGACCACAACAAUUGCUUUGGUAUUUGGGCCAAAGAUUUUGAGGGUCUUCAAGGGCCAGGGCGACAAGUGGGACCAGAAGGCCAAGGUGAGGAGCAUAACAGCCUCAUUUUCCCUAAAUGGAGUGGGCCUGGUCCCCGAGGAGUCUCCGGAUCUCUACCAGGAGAACGAGGAGCUUAAGGAACAAGUCCAAAAGCUGGCCCAUCAAAUCGAGUUCAUGAAGACUGUCCACAUGCAAAUGAACAACAGGCAUCUGAAGCCGAAGCCGGGCGGAUAUUUUACCAUCACCUCAACCUCGUUCCAAGCGCCCUACAGCAAGAACACGGUUUCCACGGCGCAGACGCAAACUGGCAAAGAUGAGGCCAGUGGCACGCCAACGAAAUCAAAAUCGCCCAAGGGCAAAGUCUGACGAGGUCAACGAAGUGUUAAAGAUUGCUCAAUAGAAGUGGAUGAUAGGCAUGGCAUUGCCACCAUGUUGGAG